AGAUAAUGUGUUAAAGUUCCAAAACUCCUAACUAUGAAACUUCAGUACCAUAUGUAAGAAAUUCGAACUCUUAAAAGUAAAACUCCAGCAUAAUGUGUUGAAGUUCGAAGAAUUCAACAAAAUGCUUCUAAAGAAUAAACUCUCUCUGGUUACAAAAUCUAGGAGAAGAUACAUUCCAUUGAGAAUUAUUCUUUAGUGGAAAAUACUCAUCUACUCAUCUAGCACCAUCCAUGUGAAGAUCACACUUAUGAUAGCCAUUGCACGCUAGCCCGGUUAUAGCUAACGGUUUGCAGCUAGUUGUUAUGUUAGUUGUAGCACGCCUUCCCUUCUUCUCUUACUUUGGCACAAUCCUUCUGUAUUUUCUUAUGAUGAUUUGGUCGAUACAGAGUACAAAACAUCGGUGUAAAAGGCUUUUUUUUUUUUUUCUUUUCUGUAGGCUUCGUUUACUUGACCGAAGGGUGCAAUUAGGUGCUGCAAAUGUUCAUGUAUGAACAUGUUUUCCAGACAUAAUCCUUUCUGGAGGUGACUUUUUAGUCUAAAUUGACAAAGAAUUAUAGCUGUAUGUUUUUUACUGGAAAAUGGAUCAAUGGAGACUUGUAGUCAAAGCAAUGAUGGCAUUUUUUGCUAGUGGAAGAGAAAGAAACUUACAUUUUAUUGAAGAAAAGGCAUAAUGGUAUUUCUACUUUACUUUUCAAGAAUCAUUUUUCCUCAUUGCCUGCUCUCCACUUCACCCCUCCUUUUUCUAUUCUCUUGCAUUCCCCUUUUCACACUCUACCUAUAUAUAUAUAUAUAUAUAUAUAUAAUCUGCUCCAUUUUAAAGGAAUCAGAAGCAGACCCUUUUGAUUUCUUGAGCUCUUUCCUUCAUCAAAGCCAUGAAAGAUUCAGUAGGCUCACCUCACCCAUGUCCAGCAUUGAAGUCAUUAUCUAACAAGGUUGGAAGCUUACUGUGUUUUUGGAAUGCACCAAAGAAGUACAGGAGAUUGGACGCUAAGCUUGAAACAAAAAUGAUUGAGCUUAAAAAAAGUUCAUCAGGGCAGAGCAACUUCAGGUCAAUUAAUAGCAUAAUCUUGAAAUUUCCUCAGUUAAAAGAGGGGUUGAAAGAGAUAAAAGGCGUCUUUGAACAGUUCGAUGAAGAUUCAAAUGGGACUAUUGACCGGGAAGAACUAAAGAAAUGCGUAAAGAAGCUGCAAUUUCAUGUUAAAGAGGAGGAAAUUGAUGAUCUUUUCCACUCCUGUGAUGUGGAUGAAAAGGAAGGGAUUCAAUUCAAUGAGUUCAUCGUUCUUCUGUGUCUUAUUUAUAUCUUGAUGGAUUCAUCGCCGCCCUCCUCUGACAAUACCUCGAAGAUUGGCUCACCAGAGCUAGAAGCAACAUUUAACACAAUAGUUGAGGCAUUCUUGUUUCUUGAUAAAAGUGGUGAUGGGAAACUGCACAAGAAAGAUGUCGUCAAGGCAUUAAAUGAGGCCUCUCCUUGCGAGAAAUCGCCUUCUCAUGUCACUCAGACUCGAUUUAAAGAAAUGGACUGGGACAGGAGUGGCGACGUCAGCUUCAGGCAAUUUCUUUUCGCAUUUCUUGAUUGGGUUGGUAUAGACACAGACGAUGAGAAUCACACGCUAAAACGUAGACGGAGUGCACAAGGCUGAACACAACAACAACACCUCGACCAAACUCGUAGGUAUCGGUUGUAUGAAUCCUCACUAACCAUGGCAAUCUAUUUAAUGAAGGAAUACAAAGUGAGUUCAGACUAGUAUUUGUACAUAUACAAUAGUUCUCUGUAUACAUUCAAGUUCAGUUAUUUUUUAACUUAUAUUCUGCUAUUGUAUCUAAAAUAAUUCAUGAU